AUGGCUGAACAAAUUCGGCUACCGGACACCAUGCCCUGCCAUAACCAGCAGCUCGGCCCUCCGGCCGCAGCCACUUCCCCGUGCCCGGAGCCCGUGGCCCCCGGCGACGGGCCCGGGCAGGAGCCUGCGGGAGGUCGGGGUAAGCUGCCGGCGGCCAACGGGGCAGACAACGCUGGGGGACCCCUGGCGGAGGACUGCGAGUCCCAGGGGCUCUUCUGCCACCAGAUUGGGCCGCAGCUCAAAGUGCUGCCCGUGAACGACCAGAUCCGGGAGCUGCAGACCAUCAUCCGGGCCAAGACGGCCAGCCGCGGGGACUUCGUGUUUUCCGCCGACCGUUUGAUCCGGCUGGUGGUGGAGGAGGGCCUGAACCAGCUGCCCUACGAGCGGUGCACGGUGACCACGCCGACCGGCCACAAGUACGAGGGCGUCAGUUUCGAGAAGGGCAACUGCGGCGUGAGCAUCAUGAGGAGCGGGGAGGCCAUGGAGCACGGCCUGCGCGACUGCUGCCGCUCCAUCCGCAUCGGCAAGAUUCUCAUCCAGAGCGACGAGGACACCCAGAGGGCCAAGGUCUAUUACGCCAAGUUCCCCCCGGACAUCGAGCGCAGGAAGGUCCUGCUCAUGUACCCCAUCCUGAGCACGGGGAACACCGUCAUCGAGGCCGUGAAGGUCCUCAUAGAGCACGGAGUGCAGCCCAGCGUCAUCAUCGUGCUCAGCCUCUUCUCCACGCCCCAUGGCGCCACGUCCAUCAUCCGGGAGUUCCCAGACCUCACCAUCCUCACCACCGAGGUCCAUCCUGUUGCGCCAACACACUUUGGGCAGAAGUAUUUCGGGACAGAUUAAGGUUACCACCUAUGAUGUCAUGAAGGUCAUUGAGUUUUCUCUUGACCCAUUUCCGUUGGGAAAUGGGAUGAGCCAGGGAAGGGGAUGGACUUCUUUUUUCUGGGCCAGAUGGGAAAUACUGGCGGUUUCUUCGUUUCAUUUGGUUGUUUCUUGACUGUUGGAACCUAGUGUGGCCAUGAAGCACACUCAGUUCUUUAGAAUUGAAGGGAAUUUGAAAACUGUGUAUAUUAUGCAAAUUGCUGGACUUUUCAGUGAGUUAAUUUAGCCUCUUGGUUUUGAGAUUUACUGAUGUUACAAAUAAAACCAAAAAG